AUGUUACCUCGUCCCAGGCCAUCUUGGAAAACUAGUAGCAGGUUAACCCGCAGAUCACAGUCAACUUCCAAAGGCCCUACGAAGCAUGAGCCGAGUAAGAACUUGGGGAAAGAGCUCAAUUCUGCGCUGAAUUUGGCCCGAAAAAUGAGCAAUUCUGAUCGACAUCUCUACGAUUUGGAACUAGAUGACGAGAAAUUAAAUGACUUAUCUCCAAGAAAAGCAAUAAACUCAAGACACAGUGGCUCUCAAUCUUCGACUUGUUAUGCAGAAGAUAUCGACAAACUGGUUGAUGCACGUACGGUCCCGUCAUCCAUUCGCGAUCGUAACGAAAGUUUGUUGAAAGCAAUCGAUAAGAUAUUGAAAACGAAGCGAGCUUCGAAAAUCACGAAAUCAAAUAUAUGUGCAUUCCACCUAUCUCCAAACUCUGUUAAUUUCAAUGGUAUUUCUGCGAAACACGAGCCAGCAAAACCUCCCAGGUUGGCUCACAAACUCGAAAGAGUCCUUUUCCAGCCCAUGAACUUUCACUCUUUACAAGAUUCACGAACAGGUGCAUACAAUUUCAACCCGUGGUUGGAAGAUAUUAUAAAAGUCGAGAACUUUGAUUUCAAUGCAAUCGCAGAUUUCGUCUCACCUUCAAGAGAUGAGGUCUUAUUAGAUCUUGCAGAACAACAUCAAAAGAGGUAUUAUUCAUCAACAAGUUCAAUGACAGGAAUCCUAUCUCACUUGCACUUUUUGUUUUCAAAUUUUCGAAGGGCUAAUCUUUCGUUAAUAUCAAAGAAUUUUCCCCAACAUUCUGCUGAACUUACACGAGGAGCUCAACUACCUGGAAUUGUCAUGAUGAAACGUAUGAGGAAGAAGAAACCAGUCUUUUCGAUAGAAUCCGAUAAAUCAACAGACAGGGAAAUCAUUUUGUCAGUAUUAGGCCACGCGUUAGAAACCAUUUUGACAACUGAAGCGGAUAGGUUCCAAAAGAUUUACGAUAAAUCGUCCAAUUCUCACAAGCCCACUUCGGACUCUAUUGUUGACUCAUAUCAUUACUCAAAGAUCAGUGAUUUUAUCUUAAGGUCACAACUUGAUGCAUACAAUCCUAAACUUCCAGGCACUGGUGUUUUUGAUUUGAAAACUCGAGCAGUAGCGGCUAUACGUCAUGACAUCGCUUAUGUCGAGAAAAAUGAUAAUUAUACUGGCUACGAAAUUCAAAAAACCUUUGGGAAGUUUGAAUCAUUUGAGAGAGAAUUCUUUGAACUAAUUAGAAGUACUCUAUUGAAAUACUCGUUACAGGCGCGUAUCGGCCGCAUGGAUGGGAUCUUCGUUGCAUAUCAUAACAUAUCAAAAAUGUUUGGCUUCCAAUAUCUUCCUCUUGAGGAGAUCGAUUUUAUUUUGCAUAGCCACUGCGAUUCAAAAUUUCAGAAACUAUUGGAGGAACGCAAACUUCAUUUUAGUGCAAUUUAUGGUGAUGAAUCAUAUAUCAUGAACCAUGACCGCUCAAUUUAUGAGCGCCAGAUAUCUUCGGAAGUCGCAGAUGCAGAGUUCAAAAUGUCUAUGUCGCUCUUGGAUCAAAUAUUCAAACAGGUUGAGAAUGAACUUCCGGAUAACUUUGAUGCUGCUCGUUUAAUAUUCAAAACUGAACACAAGAAAUCUUUCAACAGAGAUGGGUCACAUACAAAAGUUGCCGUGUUGCACGUAAUAGCAGUGCCAAUCAGUAAAGAGAAACUAGACUUUUUUCAAAACAACGAUUUGCGUGAUAUUAGUUCGAAGGGCGAAGGCGCACUUUCUGAUUAUAUUAGCGAAAUUCGCGAAAAGAGCUUGGAUUCCUCGCAAAAAAUUUGGGGGUUUGAAGUCACAUUAGACCAUAAAAUUAAUCAUAAUGUACAAAGUAUUGUGGUCCCAACUUUCGCCUCCAAAAAGUCUACUAUUUUAGACGAACAAACAAAGGAAUUCGUCAAUACUACUAUAAGGCGCAACUACUAUGAGAAUAUGAACGAGUGGAAACAUGUCCAAUUUUUCCACCCUCUGGACGUGAUGCGAUGGAAAGUUGACGUUCAAAUUCACCAAAUACACAAUAAGGAAAAGCUAGCAAGACUUUACACCAAAUAUCUCGAUGAAAAACUUGCCGCAUUGCAAGGACAAUGUCUUGCAAACGAUGAACUGCCAGAUAAUGAGCAAACAAUCUCUGAAAGAAUACAUAACCUCAUGUCUGGAGGGGAAAAAUCCAUAGUAGGAAAAGAGAAUAAUCCUGAGCAAGCUUUAACUGUUUCCCCUUUGCAGGCUACUCUAAGGGCAUACUCUAAAAAAGGAGAUUUACGUAAAAACUUCUCCAAGCAUAUGCAAGGAUGA